CAGAGCAAAUGGUAAAUCAAGUAUCUGACUCUGAAUUUGUUAAUGAACUUUAUAAUUCUGAAUUAUUUAAUAUUUCACAAAAAAUGAGGAAUACAAUCAUUGGUUCUUUUCUUAAUGCAUUUAAAAAAUGGAGGGAAACCUUUUCUGAGAAUAUCAAAAAUAUAGUACCAAAAUAUACAAAUAUUAGAACACAUUAUGAAGAAAAAUUAAACAAGGAAUUAUCACAAAGAAUUAAAGUAAUAGAAAAACAUGAAUUCACAAGAAUUUGCCUACUACUUGAAGAAAAAUUUUCAGAUGGACCAAUUUUUAAAAUUAUAGAAGCUAAAGAAACAACAUAUUAUAGGGAUUUAAAACUUACUUAUGAAAUUGAAUCAUUACAACCUGAUCAACUAAAGGUUACAUUAUAUGAAACAGGCCUAGAUGGAUCUGAAAAAUUAAAUCUUCAAGGAAAUGAGUUAUAUGUUCCAAAACCUCAUCUUGACAGCAAUAAGAAUUCACACGCUUCCUUCAAAAUAGAUCCAGAAAUAUAUGAACUCAGAAAAAUAUCCCAGUUUGAAAAUGGAAAGCUCCUAAUAAUACUUCGGAAUAAAAAAUCAAAUCAAAUAGAAAUUUUUUUCGAAAAUUCUAAUCAUUUAAAAUCAACUUUUCAAUUAUCAAAUUUAAAACCAUUAAAAACUUUAAAUCCUGAUGGUGAUUGUCUUUUUGCUAUAAAUGAGCCCAAAGGCUUAAUUGGGAUUUAUGUUGCUGAAAGAGGAGUGCUAAAUGUUUAUGCAUUUGAUGAAAAUCAAGUCAGUCUUUAUGGUCGCAACCCCAAUAUUCAAAUUCUACAAUAUUAUAAUAAUUCAGCACCAGAUAUUAAAUAUUUUUUCUUUAUAAAAAACACUGAAGAAUUAUGUUUUGUGGAAACAAAUGGUAGAGCAAAAAUUUAUAAUCUUAUAACUAGUCAAUUUCGUCCUUCAACAUUACAAUUUCCUCCAGAUUCUACAAAUAUUUCAAGCACACCUGAUGGUUCUUGUAUUGUAGUAUUUGUGAAAGAAAAAUCAACAACAUCAUCUAGUAAUGGUGAAAAUGGCACAGAAGAGCAAAAACGUUCAAAGAAUAAAGAUUUAACUCCAAAUGAUGUAUUUAAAGCCUAUGUUUAUUUUUGUUCAAAUAUGGGAAACACUGCUAAUAAGGUUGUUGAACUACCUUCAAAUAUGGAUUCAUUAGAAUUCUUUCAAUUUUCAACUAUAAAUGAUCGUCAAAUGCACCUUACAACAAUUGAU